AUGAAUAUAUCAUUAUCUCAAAGCCUAGAUGAUCUUUCACUCUACCCAGGAAAGCGAUUCCGCAAAAAAUCUCCCAAAAUUUUAAAGAAAAUCCCAAAUUAUCAUACAAUGAGUUCCUUAAAACUUCAUCCCGAUAAGUAUAAGCGUGAAACUUCUUUUUCUUUCGGAAUUGUCAACCCAAACUCAAUAUUUACUCGAAAUCACCAAAUUAAUAACUCCUCAAGCUUUCAUUUAACCCCGAUAAAAGAAGCUCCAUCCUCUCUUGUCCAAUUUACCUCAUCAGUACUCAAAAAUAAAUACGAUCUUAUCCAAGUCCUUCAAGAGCUCGAAAAAUCAUCCCAAGAGCCUGAUAUAAAAAAAGCCAAAGCUGCUUCAAAAGCCUUAGAUAUUUGCUCAAAUGAAGCUGGGUCCUACCAAAAAGAAAUGCAAUUGAUCACUUCAGAAAUUUCAAAAUCGCUUUAUAUGAACAAAAAAGAGCUCCCUGAAGAAGCACUAGAAAAAAUAUAUGAUAAGCAUAUAGGUAAAUGUAUACAAAGAUGCCCUAUUAGAUGAAGAAAUUCCUUAUUUUAUUAUUGCAGAUACAUAUAA